CUCAAAGCCCCCAAUCCUUCGCAAUGGGCUGCAAUCAAAGCACCCCGAACAGCUACUCAGCCCUCCCAGAUGAUGUGGAAGCAAAACGUCCAAACCCCUACGGCGUGCACAACAAGAGCAGAGAGAUACGGUUGAACAGUUCAUAUCGUACAUUAUACGAGGGAAUGAUAGGUCUGAUUCAGGAGAACAAGUAUGCAGAUAUGGUUCUAGUCUGCGGCACAGAUCGCUACCCGGUACACCGCGCAAUUGUGUGUCCGCGCUCGAAGUACUUUGAAAACGGAUGUGCGUAUGAGACGAAGGGUGUUGACUAUUUUUCACCAGGCUCCCCAAUCAAACUCUGGAUCGACCCUUCAAUCUGCGAAUCCCACAUCCUGGCUGCAGUCUUGACUUUCCUGUACACACUGGAUUACACCUGCAGCGGAUCGCAAUUGUUGUCCUUUGGUUUACCGGAGGAACCGGAGAUAGAACCGGAACCGGAGACACCCUCGCUCAGCAACACAGACGUCGAAGUCGUAGAGGACGAAACGGACUUCAGUGCGUUCAGCGAGCUAGAAGAAUAUUCCGCAACUGUACCAUCCCCGCCAAGCUCCACGACGCCGACUUCGACUCCAAAGGGCCCAUCAAAUAACUCUGACGAAAUGGUAACAAAUGGCGAUCCAAGUGAGGCACCGAAUGAGCUGGUGUUUCAUUUCUCCAUGUAUCGAGCAGCGGUUCUGUUCGAUAUAGUAUCCCUCCAAGAUGUCGCUAAGGAGAAGUUCCAGAGGCGGUUGAGACUUUCUAGUGAUGGAAUCAUUCCAUGCAUCCGUGAGGUGUACCGCGAAGAGAAUAGCGAAGCAUUCGCGCCGAUUCGGAGGGAGGUUCUUACUCUCGUUAAGACGCGCUUUUACAGACUAAAGGCGACGGAAGGCUGGGACGAGCUUGUUAUGGACUUCCCAGCGUUCUCGUCUGACAUUUUGAAGCGGUUGUAA